AUGGACGUUGAUGCGAAGGAUCAGGAGGAGAUUUUGCCGCCGUCGAAGCGCUACCGUCGUGACGACAACGUGGACCCGACCAAUCCCGACCCCUCCAUUGUGGUGCACGUGCGUAACUUGAGCCCCAAAGCUACGGAAGCGGAUUUACUCGAAGCACUGUCACAUUUCGGUCCAAUUUCCUACGCAACAUGUAUGCCCGGCAAACGCAUGGCACUUGUUGAAUUUGAGGAUGUGGAGGGAGCACGAUCGUGCGUUGUUUAUGCGCAAACCAAUCAGAUCUAUGUUGCUGGCCAGGCGGCGCUUUUCAAUUACUCAACUUCGAAAGCGAUCCAGCGUUUGGGCUUGGAAUCCGAAACACCAAAUCAUGUCCUGAUCCUGACCAUCUACAAUGCACAGUAUCCUGUUAACGUGGAUGUCAUACAUCAGAUCUGUGAGCCGCAUGGCUUUGUGAGACGCAUUGCAAUGAUACGCCGAACAAUGCUGCAAGCACUGGUUGAGUUUGAAAGUGUGGAAGUGGCGAAGAAGGCGAAGCAUGCGAUGAAUGGAGCGGAUAUCUACUCGGGUUGUUGCACCCUCAAAGUUGAGUUUGCCAAGGUAAGCCAGACAGAUAAUCUCACUUAG